AUGGCUGUUUUAUCAACUUGUUCUCUUUUCAUCCUUUUUCUUGUCUUUGCUUUUGCAGCUGCAGCGCCUACGGGUACGGAUUACCUCCUUGGUGGCAAACCUGAUGCAUGGAAAGUUCCUUCUGAAUCUGACUCUCUCAACAAAUGGGCUGAGAGUGUUCGAUUCAACAUUGGAGAUCAUCUCAUUUUCACAUAUGAAGCUGGAAAGGACUCAGUUUUGGAAGUGAGCAAAGAGAAUUAUAUGAGCUGCAACACCUCAGGCGCAAUAAAAAUGUACAACGAUGGAAAAACCAAGGUGAGGUUUGAUCUUUCAGGUCCAUACUACUUCAUCAGUGGAGAAAAGGGUCACUGUGAAAAGGGUGAGAAGGUUACUGUGGUGGUUAUCAGUCCAAGAAGUCCAAGAAGUGAUGUUCCUGUUUCACCUUCACCUUCACCAGCUGGUGCUAAAGGUCCAGGUCCAGCUGUUGCUCCAAGUCCAAAGAGCAGUGCAAAUGUUUUGCAGGGUGGUGGUGUUUUGAUGGCAAUGGGAGUUGUGGUGGCUGCUAUGUGGUUUUUCUGA